CAAAACCCUCUUUGAAGGUUUCCGUUCCCCCCCUCCGGAGUUAGAAAAAGAGAGUGAGAUGGUGGUGCGGUUGAGGCUGUCGAGAUUUGGAUGUCGAAACAAACCGUUCUACAGAUUGAUGGCUGCUGAUAGCCGAUCUCCGAGAGAUGGCAAACAUUUGGAAGUCUUGGGAUACUAUAAUCCCCUACCUGGUCAGGAUGGAGGUAAAAGGAUGGGGGUUAACUUUGAUAGAGUGAAGUAUUGGCUUUCAGUUGGUGCACAACCCUCUGAUCCUGUCCAGCGCCUUCUCUUUCGAGCAGGCCUGUUACCUCCACCACCCAUGCUAGCAAUGGGACGGAAAGGAGGUCCAAGAGACAUGCGCCCAGUUGAUCCACUGAGUGGGCGUGUUAUGACAGAGGCCAAGAAAGAUAGUGUUGUAAAACAGAAAGCUGGUGAGGAUGAGAGCGGGAGUCAGAGCCCUUGAUAUGUCAGGCCUACGACAUAAGUUCGUAGAUUGGUGACUUUUUCUCUGAGUCUUUUGUUACAGUAAUAAUGAAAAUAUUAUGACAUUAGUGCUACACUAUCUUCUAUUUACUUGUCAUUUGUGGAAUUAGAUCAUAAUCAGCAUUACCUAUAAUAGCUGGUUUGGUGAUUGUGACUCUCAUGUAUGCUGUGUAUAUCUGCGUGUAAAGCAGGAGAGACCAAUCUUUCCUGUGUAGGUGGAGGAUUCUUGAAAAGGCCAUUUUUGUUUAUCA